CAGCCUCUGAAUAAAGGCUUACACGCUAAAGUUAACUUUAAAUAAAUCUGCUCUUAGUUUUGAUAGUUACUGCUAGUGGAAAAAGGAUGGAUUCAGAUUCUGAAACGGAACUAUACAGUUCGAGCAUAGCUUUGCGCUACUUACUAUUAAAAAGAAGGCGCGAUAAAACCAACGAUCUGUGGGAAAAACGUGAAAAAAUCGGGCAAUACCACACAUUGUUUCAUGAACUUUUGAAACAAGAAGAUAAAUUCUUCGAGUUUAUGAGAGUUUCAAUUAAAACUUUUUAUUUCAUACUGAGAAGGAUAGAGCAUCUUAUAACAAAGCAACCUACAAACAAACAUACAUUUGUCCAGAGGAACGAUUGAUGAUCACUCUCAGGUAUUUAUCGACUGGAAUACCUUUUAAGUCUUUAUCAUUCACAUAUUGUAUUGCCCACAAUACAAUUGGCCUCAUUGUCUACGAAACAUGUGAGGCAAUUUGGAACACGUUUAAUGAAGAGUUUAUCCCGUUCCCUACAACGUCUGCAUUUAGGAAUGUGGAAAAAGAGUUUCGCCAUAAAUGGAAUUUUCCUAAUUGUAUCGGCGCCACAGAUGGCAAGCAUAUCCGAAUGAAAGCCCCCCCGACAAUCAAAGAGAACGAAAUUUUCAGGGCCGUAGCAGAUGUGAAUUGGAAAUUUAUCGCCAUUGACGUUGGUGAAUAUGGGAGUCGUAGCGAUAGCGGCGUCUUUAAUUUGUCAUCAUUGUUUGAGCUCAUUCGUUCAAAUCGGCUCAACAUCCCUCUUCCUAAACCACUGCCUGGUACUACCCAAAGAAUGCCUCACGUGUUUAUAGGCGAUCAGGGUUAUCCACUAAAACCUUUCUUACUGCGGCCUUUUCCGGAUAGUGAAGAUCCGGCAAAAAAUUACUUCAACCAUCUGCUGAGUAUGGCAAGACGCUGCGUUGAAUGCGCCUUUGGUUUGUUGGUGGUAAAAUGGCGUUUCCUCAAGCAAGAACUCCAGAUAACUCCGGAACACGUCUCAAUAAUCGUCAAAACAGCAUGCCUGUUGCAUAACAUGUGCAUAGAUUUUAGAGAAAGCACGGAAUUAAUGAAUAACAUUAACCCACAAUCCAACGCCAACAGGAACAGAGCAAACAAUCAUCCAUCUCAAGAGGCUACAGAUAUUCGAAAUGUCUUCAAAAAUUAUUUUUUUGAUCGAAUUUAUCGAUAAUGUUCGAUGAAGUACAUAUUCGAUGAAGUAAAAACAUACAUUGCCAAGGAUUAUCGUUAUAAAAAAGACAAUGGCUGGUAUUAUUGAAUCCGUUCGUAGCGGCGGUGUACGUCCUGACAUUCAUUUUCCUAACGUACUAGAUGGUUGCUACAGUGAUUUACCGAGGCGUUGUAGUACCGGGCUAAAGAAAUGUGUUUCAAGAAUUUCAUGAGAACGCCGUACGUUCCCGCUACGAACGGAUUCAAUGAUACCAGCCAAUACCAUUAAUCCGUUUUUAGUCAGGGUGCUCAUUGCCAAUUUAUUAUUCGAAAAAUAUUAAGGAAAUAAAAUG